AUGGAUACGAAUGGUGAAGCAAGUGUGGAAGCAUAUGCAGAACCCUCGGGUCCCUAUUUUCCUGGCCAGUCAAUCAUCAUGCACUGUAAAGUCACUGGAGAUACAACUAAAUUCUGCACCUGGAACCCCCCAAAUGGAUCACCCUUCGAGCCGAGCUCAUUCCCUAACUUUUAUGAAAGUGUGAGCAGCGGUAGUACGGCAGAGUGCACUUUCAGAAUCAAGAGUGCCAGUGACUUCGAGAGUGGGAAAUGGACUUGCAACCCCUUCUUGAGUGGUGGCGAUUCGAAAAAGAGCGACCCUAUUGAUAUUCUUGUAGCACGACCGCCGGAAUCUAUUGAGGUGUCUGAAGUCCGAAAGGAUGCUUACCACGAAAUCCUUCAGGCUCAAAAUGCAGUAAACUUCACUUGUGAGGUGAAAGCCAUUCGCCCUGAAGUCGAGAGCAUCCAAUGGUACAUUGUGAGGGAAGAUGGGAGUGAAGAACAUUUGACGCCGUCUCAACCAGGGCUCCUCCACAGCAACAAAACCUUUGUCUCGGCUGACUUUUCCUCUUACCCAGGAAUGCAGAAUCAAGGGGUGCAACAGAUGAUGGUCUAUAAUGUAAAUGCCACCUUGAGUCAUGUCUUCUCUCCUCUGGACAAUGGGAGAAAGUUGGUUUGCCGUGUGACUCACAUGCUGCUUCAUCCUGCCAAUAAUUCUGCAUCUGCUAAAUUGGAAGUACAAUAUGUCCCAGUGGUGCAUAUGGAUGACUGGAAGACAAAGAACUUCGACCCCCAUGGAAACAAGUUUUAUCUACCACCAGGCACAAAAGGAGAGAUCACUGUCUAUUUUCUUGCCAAUCCACCUAUAUCUGCUCCACAAAGGGAGGUUCAGUGGAUCAUUCGCAAUGACAUUACCUUGAAUAGUGGGCAAGAAGAGGGGAAGGGCGCAAGGAAUGAUCUGUAUGAGACCACAUUGACUAUUGACCCAGUGGGCCGUGAAGAUGCAACUGAUGGAUACAUUCUUCGACUUUACUCCUCCCCUGUUUCCCCAAAUGCACAAGAGCCAUUCACAGAGUUUAAAUUUAGGGUUGAACUUGGGGACAGACCCCCUGCAGCUGGCAUGGAUGCAGGAGUGAUUGCAGGAGUGGUGAUAGCCGUGAUUGCUUUGGCAAUUGUCAUUAUAUUGGUGGUCAUAGCACGUGUAAAGGGGCUGUUCUGCUUUGCAGCUGGCAUGGAUGCAGGAGUGAUUGCAGGAGUGGUGAUAGCCGUGAUUGCUUUGGCAAUUGUCAUUAUAUUGGUGGUCAUAGCACGUGUAAAGGGGCUGUUCUGCUUUGCAGCACCAGAGGGAAGGAAGGAAGGUAGCGAGACGGAGAGUGCAGACCGAGCCCCUGCUCAUGGCAAAGGAGGGAAGCCACUUGCAAGUCGACUCUCUGAUCUCUACAAUCGUGUCACCAAUCCCAAAAAGGAGAAGAAGAAGGACAUGGCAGAUGUGGAGGCUGCUAAGAAGGAGGUCCUCUUUUCUCUUUUUCACAUCUUGUUCACUCCACUGGAAGUGCCGCUGACUGAGAAGGAGAAGGAGAAGCACGGGGAAUCAGAAGGCGAAGAAGAGGAAAAGAAGGAAAAGGAGGGUGUUGUAUAUGCAGAAUUGGAUCUGAAAGAGAGUGGAAAAAAGCUCCCUCCAAAGAAAACAAGUCCCGGGGAGAGUACAGAAUACGUGGAGAUUGUGGGAACUGUCCCACCGCCGCCAUCUUACUCUGAACCCCCUAAAUAAAGGACGCACUGAGAAGUAAUACCCAUGUACUCAGGCAUUCAGUCAGUCUCUUUUUAUGCUUGCCUUGGCUUGUUUUUUUUCGUGUUUUUUUUUUUGUAUUUGACAAGUGGCCUCUGAACCUAGGAUUGUGGCCUAUGACCUCAGAUUCUCCCUGAAACAUUCCAUUUUUCCUCCACUGUAAUAUAAUGAUGGCUUGAGUGACAUGAGUGAAUCAUGGGAUGAUUGAGUUGAUUGUAUGGUAUAGAGAAAGGAGGAUGAAGAGUGUACAGUUUAUUGAAUUGUGACUGAAUUGUGUUUUUGUAAACCUAGGUUUUUUAUUAUUAUAUAUUAGGUCGUUGUGAUUCCUCUGUGCCCCUUAUUCCCUGCUCAAAGAACAAUUCUGAAAUAAAACACCCUUUUUUAA